AUGAAUGGCUACAUCGGUAUAUCGCACACGAGUGCUAUCUUGCGAGAAAGGUACUGGAUAAUCCGUGUUCUUGGUGCUUUUAUCAUGUGUCGGCGCUGGCAUGCUCCACCCUGUCGACUGAUUAUGGCGCCCUUGCGGGCCGAUCGCCUGGAGCCGUAUAACCCAUCAUUUACGUUUACCGAGUCGAUUAAUUCGAACCAUUUCAAGUGCAGGUUGCCCGACGGUCGGAAAAGAGGUAUUGCUGCUUUCGCACAUGCCUUAGAAUCCGUGCGGAGGAUACUGCGCUCCAUUCUUGGUUCGCAGGUGGUCGCCGAGGAAGUCUCCACAACAACCAUAACUGAGACUGAAAAAAAUUAUGAACGACGGGCCUUUGAAAGCGGUCCCUGUAGAUUUAGCUUAAGUUGGCGCCAGGCUCAACAUCUUUCUGAUUUGUUAUGGAAGGAAUUGAUCGCCUCUUAUCUACCCUCCUUGCAGGUCAAACAAUGGUGGACCAGUGAGGCCCCGCAACUUGCAAUCGGCGAUUUAGUCCUAAUCUGGCACCACGCGGCCGUCGAUGAAGAGAUCCUUCGAUUCAACGAUGGUAGAGUGAGAGAUGUCGCGUUGAGAACACAACAAGGAACACUGAUGAGGGACCUGCGGAGGUUGUGCCUGCCGGAAAACCACGAACCACGCGGUGAAUGA